AUGAAUGUCAACUCAUCGAAGCCGUUGGAUGUUUCACAGGAAGCAAAUACUACGCUCACGACUGUGCCUAAUGCAGAUGAUCCACCUAAUUGUGACAAUUCUGAAAUAUCCACACUGAACGGCGACCAAGCCAACAAAUCCGCUCUGAGAAAAGAUAGCUUAUCGAAACUCUCAUCGAAAAGGGUAAAAAUCGUGGACCCUGGUCCCGCAUUAGACUUGGAAUCCGAUGAUGAAGAUUCUUUGUCGCAGCAUGGUACAUUGGAACGGGCGGCUGCGGUUUCCACAGGAGAAAGCACAAUUACGAUCACCCUCGGCCAGUCUGUCGAUCCACAGGCUGCUGCUGUGGAUCGAAAGAAGACAAAAGAGGAAAGGAAAAAGGAACGUGAGAAAAAGAAGGAAGAAGAAAUGUUAAAAAAAUAUCAGGCUGAGCAAGAGGCUAAGCAAAAAGUGUCGGCUAAAUCCAAAUGCGGACGAUGGAUCAAGCACAAUCUUAAGAUUGGCGAGGGAGGUUACAAAUUUGUUUAUCGGGGUUACGACACCGUAGAAUCCAGAAAUGUUGCAUGGUGCGAGUUCAAGCGCGAGCAUGUAGACACUAAGGAAAAGCGCCAGGCAAUGUUCAAGGAGACCGAAAUUAUGCUUAAAAUGAAUCAUCCACAUAUUGUGCGCUGUUUUGAUGUAUUCCGUGAAUGGAUCGACAUGGAGGACCCGAACAAUCAAAUUGAAGAAAAGGGAGUUGUUAUUAUCCAAGAGCUAAUGGGGGAAGGCACUUUGAAGAGUGUGAUCCGGAAAAACUUUCUCGAGGGUCAAUGCAUACUAAAAUUCCCGCUGAUCACUCGUUGGUGGCACCAAAUACUGGAUGCUCUUCGUUAUAUGCAUCACAAAAUACAGCCUCCAAUUUUGCAUCGUGAUUUGAAGGCGGAUAAUUGCUUCCUCUACGGUGCCUCCGAUGAAGAAUACCUGAACGUAAAGGUCGGUGAUUUUGGAUUAGCAACACAUGUGAAUAACAGCGGGAGAAAGACAAUGUUGGGUACUUUGGGUUUCAUGGCUCCAGAGAUAUUUGAUGAAAAGUACGAUGAGAAGGUGGACAUUUACGCAUUUGGUAUGCUGAUGCUUGAGGUCAUGACCAAUCGCACGCCGUACGAUGAAUGUGAAACCGUCAUACAGGUCGCCGCGAAAACCAUGUCGGGACAAGGGCCGGAUAUUAUGGGUAAAAUAUUGAAUCCGUCAUUGCGAGAAGUAAUCAGUGCGUGCAUCCAACCGUUGACCUGCUUCCGUCCCACUGCUGAAGAACUCUAUUUUCAUCCCUUGUUUCAGCGGUACCAGGAAGGCGAUGACUCAUGGCCGAAAACGUUACCUGUAGAAGUGGAACCCAAUUAUGACAACGCCACGGACCGAGCUGAAGUGUUGGAUCGGUUUGUACGCUCCCUGGAUAACGCGGAAACUCGUAAUCCCAAUUUCAACCUGCGAUUGCGCUUCCGAGACAAGAAAAUGCUGCAGGAACUGGGUCUCGAUGAUGGAGAGUCAUUAGAGUUUGAUUUGGACAUUUACAAGGCAGAGGAUCAGGAUAUCCCUGAUCUAAUACACAGCCUGCGGCUGGGCUAUGAAGACAAAUUGUGGCGAGUGUUCGAGAACCCUAAGCAACCGGAUAAGAAGAUUGUGUCCAGUCAUUUGGACAAGUUGUUUAGCAGUAUUCGAUUGCAGAUGCAGUUUCUUGUCAAAAUGCUUUUGGGCAAGCGGUGGAAAGCCAUCUUGGAUUCUUUGGUUGAUGAGGAGCGUACCAAGAAAAAACAGGAGGGUGCACCUGGCGCCGACGAGGAUGAUGACAGCGACACCGAUGCGCGUGAAGCUAGUAGUUUCACAAUCAUCGGAAAGUACAAAACCAAAUGGAUUCGUGCUAAACGUCUACUGGAGCGCGAGAUUCAGGCUUAUCGUAACCGGACCCCUGUCAAUACUGGCGUCGCUCAAGUUCCAACUCCAGGGAUAACUUCAAUGAACCCUGCCUCUGGUGCUUCCACUAUUACUUCCACUGCACAGUCAGAGAGUAUUGCGCAGUGUUCAACACUGACUUCCAGCGUCGUCUCGACUAUUGUAAGUCAGUUACCUAGACCUCUUCCCGCACAGCCCAACGCGCCUAUCACAGUAGAACCAACUUUACUUCCGGAUACGUCAGAACCCAUUCCUACGGUUCAUGUAGCGACUGUUGGGAAAUUUAGUAUCACCACACCUUCGGUCGCGGUCCCAUCAAGUGUUACGCCAGUUGCUGUGACGAUCCAUUCUGCAUCGACACCUCCAUUAGACGGCACCGCUAGACCAAGUGUAACCCAACAUCUUGGACUGCGACCACAAGCAACUGACGGGUCAGCAUUCUUCCUCCAACCACCGAGUCAACCGGAUGCAUCUUACAGCCAUAACUUGCUCUCCGUACAGGAUUCGUCUAUUCCAGCUGUUCGGCCUCCCACUGACUCAUGCGCAGGGCCUGCUUUGUCCGCAACUUCCUCGAAGACAGGUUUGGGUGUUUACCAGGCGACUGUUUCUCCGUUGAUGACAGCGGUCCAACCGUCACAGCAGCCUUCAGUUGCCUUCCCGUCAGCAUCGCACGAUGCAAGUGCCACAAAACCAGAAUCAGAAGCUGUCGCAACGCCUCCAAGUACCCGUUCAAUAGCCCAAUCGACGAUGUUGUUACAACAACUCAUGCAGACUCUUGCUGCCAUUUUACCGAAAUCCACUGCCGCUGGUCUUCCUGAACCACUGCAGUCCUCAUCCCAACAGCAACAGCAGCAUCCGAUGCUGGUUCCGGCAGCAGCUAUUGCUACCACUGUGGAGCAAGUGGCGGCCAAUGCUACCUCUGGAGUUGUUCAAACUGCUCAUCCACCGGCUACUACAAAUGCGGUACAUUUUACUCCUCAGGACCUCGCCUUAUUGCAUAGUCACCUCCUCAGCGCCGGUUUAAUGAGUGGUACCCCAUCUGGUCAGCUUCCGAAAUUAUUUUCUGAGCAACCUGCUGAAGCUGCCAUAUCCCAUCCACACACUUCCACCCCAAUGCUCGAUAUGCAGGGGCCGACUGUUACUUCCGCCCAGUAUAGGCAACAAAGCUCCACUUCGUCCACGAGUGGUCCUGUGGACACCGAUCUCGCAGCACGAACCGAACCUCAGUCCGUACAUCAAUCCGAACUACCUCAAUCAGCAAUUCUUCUAAGCCAAGUCAUCGAGGCAUUGCUCAGCACCGCGUUUCCGGGGUCUAGUUUAUCACCUGCCAGUACUGGCGGUGUUCCCGGGUAUUCCUCAUCGCAGGCAGCCACGCAGUCCAUUCAACAGCCCGUGUCGUCACAGCUCCCGCCUGCCUUCCCCUUCACUGCUCCGCCUAAACUACACGACACCAGCUACGCUUUAACCAAUAAAGACAUUGAGCGUAUCGUGCUUCAACUACUCGAGACUCUUCGAGCCGAUUCCGCUGCAGCCAAGACCGCGAUUUCGGCCGUUGGUCCGACUAGCGCCCCAACUGACUCGGGAGCAUUGAGUAUUCAUCCCACCAGCAGUGAAGUGCUUGUGGCCACUCGGUCUUCUCAAACCUCAAUGGUUGACAAUUACCGCACCGGUGAAGAUGAAACAACUCCCGUUCCUCAUUUUGUUGGUGCUAUCCCAACUCCUCCGUUGUCAGAAUCGCCCCAUUUGAAGACGCAUCAGUUUACUGCUGGUAACCCUUCGGACAACACAACUUCUGCGGAUACGAUGCGUUGUGAAGAGGACUUCAGCGAAGCUUCUAGACCCAUAUCACCUUCUGACGGACCCACUCCUGCUUAUCUACCCGUUGACACCCAUGUACAACCUCUCGGAGGCCCAGCUCCUUCAUUAACAACCAAGUCGUCUCUGGCUGGCUCGACUCCCCCAUACUUCACGGCCUCCUCAUGUAGCAACACGUUACCACCCUUACAUUUGCCAACCACUGUACUCUCCAGUCCCGUGAGUGGACCGGCUCUCCACGACCCUUCCCCGGAAAAGCAAUCUUUGGCUCUUGGAUUAGAUUAUAUACAUAAACUUCUAUCUUCUCUGUCUCUCCUUCCUCUGGAUCGAUUCGGUGUCACAGGAAUUGUACAUCAGCCUGAGUUGGAAGAGGUUGCUCCACUGCUCCCACCUAUUUCUGGCACGUCUCUUCUCUCGCAUAUGUCAUUGAACGACUCCGUCGCUCAAAUUGCUGCAAAUACCGUUGAACCUUCUGCUGUCCGUGGUGAUGUUACACCGUAUCAGCUAUCAGAGAAUAAUCCCCUCUUACUGUCUCAGUUGAGCCAAUCGUCUUCCCGCGAGCAGGGAACUCGUCCUUUUUCUACUGUUCCCUAUCCGUACUCGCCUGCUUCAGACGCAACAGUCAGCCUUACUUGCACUAUACCAUCCUCUUUAGAGGUCGUCAUCAGAGAGGUGAUAUCCAAGCUGUGUUACUACAGCCACCGACCAAUACUACUGUUGCCAACCCCUUACGCCUCUGACAUUUCUGUCGCAACCUCACCCUUCCGAGUAUUGGAGGUCCCUUCUGAACAUAUCUUUUUGGGUGUUCCCAACUCAAGGGACCCUGCAAAUCCAUUCAAUGUGACAACUUUUGUCGCUUCAAAUGGGCCUGUCUUCAUCACUAUUGAUGAUGGACCGCCGGAAGGGAACAGGUCGCUUGUUCCUAGAGUGUUUCAAACUCCCAUUGACACCGCUGUCGUUUUGUCACCAGAUGGCGGGGUCCAUCGUGUUAACAAGCCGGCGCUAGUGGUCCCUGUCCAGCCUAGCGAAACUCGCAAAACUUGUAGUCCGCCACUCUCCCCUAAUUCAGAGGUGACUGAUGGUGCUCGUCUAGGCCAGCAGUUUGAUUCCUCUAUUCAAAUUCGUGAGUUGCCAAUUCACCCGAACAUGGACACUCUCACUUUGGACGAUGUGCUUAACCUACUCCUUGCCUUGCGCAGCGCCUCGCAACAAUACCCGGCUUCAGUCAAUACAUCACCCACUUCGGACACUUACACGAUGCCUAACCUACCUACGCAUGUAGAAAGUCGCUCCAUUUCGUGUGCUACGAGCAGACGUUCGUCCGCAUUUGGUUCCCAACACUCUACCCAAAAUUUACCCUCUCAUCUCACACAUCCGGCUUCGGUUUUUGCUCAGCUUCCUCAAUCUUCCUCGAGCCGUUUGCCCCGCGGUCCCCCAUCUGACCAGCAGUCUGUAACUCGAGCUACCCUGUCAUCCAUGGCACCUAUUAGGACAUUCUCGGAGCAGCUGCAUUCCCAAACGCAGCCUUUGGCUGGUGCCAUACCCUUUAUCCAUCCUUCCGCUUCUUCCAAUCCAACAAUUGAUGCAGUGAAUGCAAUUGAACCUGCCCUCAUAAACCGACCACCGGUAUCUACCAGAGAAGUUACUUCUGUUUCCGGCGUUCAUUCGCAGUCCACACCACCCGUUUCUGCGCAGUUGCUGCUCCGGCUGUUACACGACUAUCUCGCAUCGCUUCAUUCCCCAUCGCACACGUCUAGCUCGCAGGCUAUCUCCACUGAACAACCGCUUCAUCAUCAAACUGUCUCAGACCUAUCUUCGCUGAACUCUGUGACUGCGCAACAACUCUUUCAACUUGUUUCUACGCUGAAUUCACCCAACAAUGUGGAACAGGUACCUAGUGUACAGCCUCAACUCACUCGACAACCGAGCGUUCAGUGUCCAGCGCCAGCCGUAGCUCCGUCUUCGUCUAGACCAUCGGGCCAUGGAUCGUCGCGGCCUUCGUUUUUUGUUCAGCCAGCCGUCUCACAGAUAAGCAGUACAGGACUUCCGACGCCUUCAGCAACCAUCCCCACCCCCGUCCCCUGUCAAGCGAACGUGCCUCUGUUAACUUCCUUGCUUGGACGGCUGUUAUCCCAAAGCUUCGUCCCAAUCGCGGAUACCCUACCCGAUGCCCCGAGGGCUGUUCCAUCUGUCUCUCCAGCGGCACCCUUCUACCCAUCGCAAACCUCUUUGACCAGAGCAGAUGCAAGCGGCGCGGGUGGUAUGAUCGGUUCCGACUGGCAGGUUUUACAGCGGUCAUCUCCUCCUCCUCCUCCUCCUCAAUAUAUGAAACCACCACCACCACCACCACCACAGCAAUCACUUGUUGCAGAACAGAUCCCUCCGUUACAAUCAUCACAAAGCCUCACUAGAUCAACUGCCCAACACCAACUCAUUCCUGAGUUACUACACGCACUUUUUACUUUGCAUAAGCAAGCAGAAGUCGGCUCCUCGAGGGACCCGCCAACUACUUUACCCUUAGAAAUUCAACGGAUACUCUCUACCAUUCAGUCUUGCACCAAUUUGCCAACUCAUCCUGUCAGUGGGGUCGCUACUCCUCAUUCAGUUGCGGCGCCGACACAUUCGGUACCUGUGUCAAUUGGCCCACCUCCAGUCCCCAGUAGUGUGACCUGCCCUGUUCCUUGUUUAGCAGCCACCAUUCCACAUUCCAUCACCGGAACCGUUAAUUCUGUUCCAUCUGCACUAGCCGCAGUUUCUCAGACCUAUCCGGGCGCACCGUCGCAUGCGUUGGACUCAUUAUGGGCGUUUCAAGUAGAUCCUCAUCCCCCGAUGAUUGCACAUGCAUUACAACCUGUCCCAGCCACUCGGAACUCAUCGACGAAGACGACGACGGUAGCAAGCAAGUUUACCGUUGUUCCUGUGAAAUGUGAUAAUGAUGAACCGCCACCACCCUCUGUUGCCUUCUUGUCUGCCGCACAACCCCAAACUACCGCUUUUGUCCCCCAAAGCCAAGCACCCCCGAUACCACCACGCCAGCGGUCGCACCCGAUUCAACCACUCCCCGCUACUUGUCCCACAGCUGCUGUAGUAUUCGAUUCUCGUGGCUCGGUCGCUUCCUCCUUACUGGUAGUCCAACCAAACCCGGACCCCCUUAGCACCCACUGGAUAACUAGACUACCCUGA